UAGCUCACUGUAGCACGUAAUACUAUAUGUCAAAAGUACUUACAGUCGUUUGCAUUCACACACUUGCAUAUAGAAAAUUUACCAUAUAGAUUUUGGAUUUCUUGCGUGCAAAAUUUCGAUAAGUUAGCCAGCAAUGACCGACGAUUCCAAUGGGGAAUCCACAUUCGAAUUUGUUGAGAGGAAGACGGAUGAUUCUUCUACAUCUGGAGAAACCGUGAAGACAGAUUCCUUUAGCAGCUUAUCAUCAUCUACAUCUUUGCUGAUGCCAAUAAGCUUAUCAACGUCUGCAGGAAAUUUAUUAUCAACUGUACCACCACCUAGUGCUUUGCCAAGCUUCGUUUCAAAUUCUGCAACAGCAUUAUCAGAAAAUCCUCUUGCGCAGAAUAAACAAGAAUCUUCUAAAUCAAUUUUAAAUGCUCCGACUAAGACUUUACAGCAGGAAACUCAACAAGUAACUACAAUUCCUAUUGUAACUCAGCCUCAGCAAAAUGUGCAAAAUGCACCGCAAGCAGAGAGCCCGAUACAAGAUUUAGGAAUGAUUGGUGGUGGUCUAUUCUCCUGGGUUAAGGAAACUGUAGUGAAUAGCAAUGUUUUAAGCAAAGUUGCAGAGAAAGCAAAAAACAGCGUCAACACUAUGAUCACAACAUUGGACCCUCAGAUGCGUGAGUUCAUUUAUUCUGGUGGUGAUGUAGAGAUCAUAGUUGCUUCUGAGAAAGACGUGAAGAUAAGUCCUGUACGUCAAGCUUUUCAGACAGUGUUUGGAAAAGCAACAGUUACAGGUGUUGCAGUUGAAAGUUCAAACAUUGCCGCACAACCAGUUGGUUUUGUAGCCGGUGUAAAAGGAGCGGAAACAAAGAUUAAUUCCGCGCGAAAUAUUCCGUCCAUUCCAAAUGACAUACCGAUAGUUGCCGUGGAAAACUUUUUACUAGAAGUUGGUGAAGAUAAAUGGUUCGAUUUAGGAGUGGUAUUGCUCGAUGAUCCUAAGCGUAAACUCAAAUUUCAUACGUUCACGCAAAUGACGCCAGUGCCAACUGAAAUGGUAACAAUGGCACAAGAAGCCACACCCGCAGAUUAUCCUCCGGAAUGGUCUGGAUUAGCAGUUACUAUUGAUAGUUUGAUAGCAAAUGAUCUACAGGUUUCUCAGAACGAAUGGCAUCAUGUCAUUAGCGGUGUUGCUAAACGGGACAUUAUACUUUUAGCAGCUCAAUCACUGGCUGGAAUAUACAAGAAUGCAAUCGAUCCUGUGUAAAUUUUAGACGCAAUUUAUCAUUGUCGUGCGUUUUUUGUAAAUAAAACUUCUUUAAUUUAUAAGAUCUUUAAAUAAAUAUACCAAGACUAAUUUCUUAGAUCUAUAAUUCUAACAAUUUUGAUAUGUAUUGUUUAAAUCAAGAACCUAACUGUUUCAACGACGUAUUUACUAAAUGACUAAUCAUAAAUCAAAGUGUAAUGUAAUUAUGUCUUGUAAUGUGUACAAAAGCUCCAUGAAAUUAAGAAAACGAAAUAUAUUCGCAAAUAAAUUUGGUACAUAGAA